GGCCAACAGCAGAGUCAGGCGAACAGUUAAGCGCGGAUUGAGCAACGGUCAAGAACAUUUACGGAUUCGAAAAUUUUGUUGUUGUUCUACUUGUUGUUGUGUUGUUUUUACCCACCAAGUGAAAGGAAAGAAAGUUUUUUUUUUGGGUUUUGGAAUAAUUUUUACUCCGCCUGGCGAAUUCUGCUGAAAGAGAAAUUUUUCGAGAAGAAAACAAAAUUGAAAAAUAAGGCAAUUAAAAAUUCAUUUUGAAAUGAAUUAUAUAAUAAUUUGGAUGGCCUGCAUGGGCCUGGCCUCAGCUGCCAUUGGGAGAUCAUAUGGGGGAGAUGGUUUGCCCCUGGAAACCACGACCUCUAAUUUGCAUGAGAAAUUAUCGGGGGGCCUUGGCAAAGAUGAUUCCUCUUCCUCGUCAUCCUCUUCGUCAUCGACCUCCACCACCACCGAGUCCAUGAAGGACCCCGGAUUGGUUCAAGAAAUUGUCUCCGAAUUGCCCGUUACCCUGCCCGGAAUACUUCAAGAGCUGGAGGCACCCAAACGUCGCGUCAUCACCUAUGACCAAAGGCAGGAGGGCCAGUAUAACAUUCGAGCCGAUUUGGACAAUUUUAUGUUCCUCCUGAUACCGGCAGCUGCCACUGAUAACUUCAGUAUUCUCGAUAUUUUGGGUAAAUCAGGAACAGGAUUAGGAUCACGACGCACUGCCCACUCCUCUCUGAAAUCGUCGAAUAAAAAGAAAUAUUCCCCCAGCAAUUCAGGACUUAAGCCGGAUGGUGGCUCCCUAAAAUAUCGACAGGCCAUGAAGAAUGCCGAUUAUUUACCAAGGCCAGGAGAUCAUAUGUCACCGGCCGGUAGGGUGGGCGAGUUCAUUGAGGGACGUACACCCUAUCAUGUGGAUAUUUCCGCUCUGCAUGAUGGUGAGGGUGAUGUCCAGUCAAGGUUGAAUCCGGAUAGACAAGUUGAUGUUUUGCCACCCUCUUAUCCUUUGGCCUAUCAGCAUCUGAUGAAACCCUUUUUGGAGGCAGAUUCUACCAUUAUCCAAGCCCUGCCACCGGCCGAGAUGGGAAGUCGACCAAAUUCAG